CACCAACAAAGUGUCACCAGUCGUGCAUUCGGUGACUCAGGCUGCUAGAGAGAGAGAGAGAGGAAAACUUUUGCGUUUGCUCAGCUGCUGCUCCGGCGGUCGGUGCUUCUCACCGUCGCCGGGAGCGGUCUCGUAUUCUCAUAGGCUUUUAAUCUAAGGUUUUAAUUUCGGAAAAGGUCAUCCUUUUUGUUAGUGGUUUCAGAUCUGGGCUUAAAAGGGAAUCGAUGGUCUAGUUUCGGUUCUGGUGUGCUUUGGCUCGGUGGGAGAUUGGCUAGGUGGUGGGCUCGUCGGCUUCUGUGCGGUAGUGGUGAGAUGUUCAAACCGGUUCCAGAGCCAUUGAAGGUUAGCGGUCAAGCUCGAGCCUGUCUUUCCCGUCUGUGACCACUCCGAGGAUAAUCUGUAGCUUGUGUUUCUUGAGUCUCUGUCCGUUGGAAGAGUUUUUGUAGAGAAGACAAUUGUGGUGGUAGAUGGAGAUUAAUCGAUUUGAUUUUCUGUGCUCCCUUUUGUGUCUUAUGCUAGUCUGGGUCUCUUUGUUGAGGAGUGUCUCCAGAUCUCUGCUUAGUUCAUGUGAGGUUUUGGUUUGGAGAGUUGGGUUCAGAGACGAGUCUGGCGCCAUAUGUCAGGUCGAGGACCUGUUGACGGUGCGGCAUAGCUGCUGGAGCAUUGUAGGUGCUUUCGCUGACGUCGUUUAUGGGCUUUCUUCAAUUCUAGCUCCUUUAUUGCUCACUGUGGCUUCAGAGGUUUCAAUUCUCGGUUGGGUCGUUAUUUCGAUUGGGUGUAUGCGUGGCAUGUUCAAAUGCUUCUAUUCCGAGUUUGGAUUCUCUCCUCCAUUGUUGAAUUCUCAGAUUGUGCUUUCAAGGUUAUGGCUUUUUCUACGUGGUUCUGGCUUUGGUUGGAGAUGUUUGUGGCUAUGGCUUUUUUCUUCAACGGUGAAGCGUCCCGAGGUCCCUUGUGAUGCCUUCGACUUCUCCUCGGUGAAAAGGUUUGGUUUGAGGCGUAUUUCCUCGCUCUGCUGUGAAUUCUAGCGGAUGGACCUUUUCUGUCUCUCGGGUUGGUUGUCUUGCAGUCCUUGUGUUGUUGGUUUGUCCUGAUUGGAGGCCUGUCCUCGUUUCGUUUGGCUGUCCCCUUGAAGCCUCCGGUAGUCUAAGGUCCUUGGUUUGUUUCAUCUUCUUCUUUGUCUUAGAAUAUUCAGUUUCUCAGGUUAUCAAGUUUAGUAUUUCAAUGGUUUUUUAGUAGCCCGGGUGUGGGUUUUAGCUGCCUGUUCUUUGGGUUCUUGUCUCUGGGGAUGUUUCGUUUCCGCCAGCUUAUGUAUGGAACUGUCGUUUUUCAGUUAUGAAUGAAUUUCAAUUUGGGAAAAAAAAAAAUAUCCGAACACCAACCUCGAAAGUAACAAACGACAAAGACUACAACACUGAUGAAGUCAUCUCCUUCCUCCUCUAACAGUUAAACUCUCAGUCUCUCGAUCAAGAUUCAUUCUCUCUCCUCUCCAAACCAACAAUGCCACCCUCCCGCAAACAACACUACGCGACAAGCAGCCUCGUGAUCAGCUACGCGCUCUGCUCCAGCCUCCUCGCCGUCAUCAACAAACUCGCAAUCACCCACUUCAACUACCCCGCCCUCCUCACCGCCCUCCAGUACCUAACCUCCUCCCUCUCCGUCUUCCUCCUCGGCAAACUCCGCCUCCUCCGCCACGACCCCUUCUCCCUCCCCACCGCCAAGCGUUUCCUCCCCGCCGCCGUCGUCUUCUACCUCGCCAUCUUCACCAACACCAACCUCCUCCGCCACGCCAACGUCGACACCUUCAUCGUCUUCCGCUCCCAGCCUCCCCCCUCGGGACUCACCUUCCUCUCCCUCCUCGUAAUCCUCUCCAGCGCCGUCGGAUACGUCGCGAACGACUCCGCCUUCACCCUGACGGCCUACUCGUGGGCCCUGGGCUACCUCGUCACCAUCACCACGGAGAUGGUUUACAUCAAGCAUAUGGUCUCGAGCCUCGAGCUCAACACGUGGGGCUUCGUUCUCUACAAUAAUCUAUUGUCUCUCAUGAUCGCGCCUGUCUUCUGGUUUCUCACGGGAGAGCACACGGAGGUUUUAACGGCGGUUAAUUCUAACGGAGGGAACGUGUUCGACCCCGUUGCGUUCUUCGCUGUGGCGUUGUCGUGUGUGUUUGGUUUUCUCAUCAGUUUCUUUGGGUUCGCUGCUAGGCAAGCUAUCUCGGCUACUGCUUUUACCGUGACUGGCGUGGUGAAUAAGUUUUUGACCGUUGUGAUUAAUGUUGUGAUUUGGGAUAAGCAUGCCACUCCUGUUGGUUUGGUUUGUUUGCUUGUUACUAUCUGUGGUGGUGUUGGUUAUCAGCAGUCUGUGACCGUGGUUAAGAGACCGACCAGUGGUCCGGGUAAAGGAGAUACUGAUGCAUGAGUUGUUUAUUUACACCAACUAAGUUAUAAAUCCUUCAUAAAAGCAUGAUAUGUACACAUUAAAUUUUGUUAUUUAUAUCACACGACUAACACAACUAAGAUAGCUUAUUUAGAAUAAUGUUUAAUAACCCCAUACGAGGGUACUUGCAAAUGUCCACUUUUGAAUUGGAGAGACGAUGAUGUUCACUCCU